CAUCGAUGGUUUCUCUAUCGACUUGUAAGAUUGAUCCCUCGCAGAUGCGAUAAACCGCUCAUUUCCUUUGAAAGUCUUGAGUGUUUACAUCAACCUGAAGGACACUCGUCAAAACAGAGAGACAGGAGUUGUUUACAUAAUUCUGAAACAGAUUUCGGUUUAACGUAAAAUUAAAAAAUAUUCACAGGGUGAUGUCAUCGCAGUCCUAUCAAUUAUUCCUCUCUGGUAAUUCCGUGAUUACCAAAGCAACUGAGUGGAUGUCUGGAGCGAAUUACAGAUAAUCUGGGAGCUCGUGAGGUUAUUCUACAAACAAUUCAAAAUGUUCUUACUAUUUUCUACUUCACAUCUGUAUCUCUUCAUCUGGGUGACCUUUGCCCUGGCCAUCACCCAAUCUUCAGGAAGAUUGAGACUCUGUGUUGUCCGGAGUGUCCACACAGGGAAAAUCAUCAUGAGAAACUGUCAGCAUGUGGAAAAUGAUGCCAUAGACUGUGUAAUUGUUAGCGACAGACUCCAAUGCCUGAGAAUUGUGUCGAAUGGUCGAGCAGAUUUUGCGGUUUUGGAGCCAGAGGAUCUGUUCGCAGGGAUGACCUACGAGGAAGCACCUGUCCUCGUAACCCACGAGCUCAGACUCUUCCCAACCGAGGCAUCGAAUUACGAAAUGAUUGUGUUAGUCAACAAUAAAAUAAGAAGUUUCUCUGAUCUCCACGACAAGAGAUUCUGUCACCCAGGGUACGACGCCACCGACAGCGACUGGACCCCAAUUUUCGCUGAUUACUUUCAAAGUCAGAUAAUUCCAAAAAGAUGUGAGACUCGAUCGACCCUUUUGGAGAACAGAUUUGCAGCUUUAUCCGAUUGGUUCCAGGCUGGAUGUUUUCCAGGUGAGUGGGCCUUCUCCUCGGAGAAGGACGUGGACAGAAGGCUGAAGUCAAAAUACUUCAACUUGUGCGCUGUUUGCAAUAAUGGGGCUUGUCAUCUGAACGAUAAAUAUCGUGGACGUGCUGGUGCUCUGAUGUGCCUAACAGAAGAUGCAGGUGAUGUUGCCUGGGUCAGACUAGACGACGCCAAGGAGCACUUCAAGGUGUCGUCCUCAGAGUACAGAAUUCUGUGCCCCGAUGGAGUGGCGAGGCCUCUGAACUCAUUCAAGUGGACCUGCACGUGGAUCUCCAGGCCCUGGCCCGUUGUUGUUGCGAGGCGAGAAAUAGCUGAGAGAGUGGCAAGAGUUGUUGAUGGACUCCAGAAUGCCAACGCAUCCUGGCAGACUCUCCUGCUGCAGCUGCUGGAGGGUUACAAAGCGACUCCCAUUAGGCUGGACACUCUGAAGACCCCUGAGGACUUUCUGCACGAGUUUUCAGGGCUCAGUAGUGCCUAUGCUGGAUCUGAGUGCCAUCCAUCCAGGACAAUCAGGUGGUGUCUCUCGUCGUACCUGGAGCACAACAAAUGCCAGUGGUUGAAGAGGGCUGCUCUCUCGUAUGGAAUGGAGCCUGAGAUUCAAUGUCUCCAGCUGUCAGGGAGAGAUGACGCCCUUCAGGGUGUGGCUAGUGGUUUCUGCCACUUCUUCGUGGCUCAACCUGAGGAACUCAUGACUGCUGGAGAAAAAAAUCUCACUGCUGUCCUGGAGCUCAUUCCUGCUUACCACAAGCAGCAGAAUAAUAUCGUCAUUCUCGUGAUGAUGGAGUCCAAGCACCAGAGGGUUGAGGACCUCAGGGGAGCCACUGCGUGUUUCACUAAAUACAGGAGCGUUGCCUGGAAUGCAUUUGUGGCUCUCAUGGGCAAUCGCUCCGGGGAUUCUGACUGGCACUGCAAUGGGGACAGGACACUCUCGAAUUUCUUCAAGAAUAUUGUUCUUCCGGAUCACGAUGUGGAGGAUGAGGAGAUCGUUGAUGCAACAUUUCAGUGCUUGACAUCUGGUCGUGGGGACGUGGCUUUUCUCACCCUUGAGGACCACUUCAGGGUUCAUCCUGGAGUUCGCAGGAUAUGCGUCGAGGAUGUCUCCGAUCCUGAGUGCAUUCUCACUUGGAGUACACUGGGAUCGGUGAUGAUCAGUGAAUCUCUCCCCCACGUUCGUCGACGAGAGAUUGUCUCACUCCUAGAGGAGAUGAACACGUGGUUCGGUGUUCACUAUUCAUCCCCAACACCAGCCAUGACCCUGUACUCCCCCUUUGACGGCCACGAGAACAUCAUUUUCCCGCGAUUGACUGUCAGUCUCGUCCAGAAUGUGAGUUAUUUGCAGCUGCCUCGACCCUACACUGAAAUUCUUCAGCAAUUGAGGGCAACCAAUCACUCGACCUGUGGAUCUUCCAAGUCAUACGAUAGUAUUUUUAUUCCAGUGAUUGCUUUCCCUUUAAUUAACGCAAUGAUUACUUACUGAGUCGAUUCCAUGACUGAAAUAUUUUAACAAGAGUCCUUUAUUUUUUACUAAAAUGAUUUUUCAAUUAAGUCGUGUGGGAAUACUCUAGAAAUUCUGUUGGGAUUUCUGUAGAAAUUCUAGAGAAUUUCAUUCAUUCGAGUGAAUUUUUUAAUUAAAAAUUAUCGUAAUGAGCAGAAGUCAAGAAAAUUGUUAUAUAAAUUCAUCUAUAUUUGUACAAUAAUUAAUAUUACUAUUCUUGUCAAUAGCUCGUGCCAAAAUACUUCUAAUUCGUAACAAUAAUAAGAAAAGUAGAGAAUUAGUUUCUCAGGACGGAUUUUCAUGGACUAGAGUUUCAUUAAUCAGUGAACUGCUACGUAAUAUAAAAAUGUGUUCAAGUCAGCAGUACGAUCUGCAUUAUUCGAGUAGUGGAAUUCCUUGUUGAAUUUGUGAAUCUCCAGGGU